AUGACAUGUCUUUCCGAUAGUGUUAGCAAAAAAUCUUUAAACAAGCCCACUUCUUGCAGCAAAAAAAAAUUAAGCCGUUUUUUCUUCACGACCGGGUAUCAUGGCAAUGAACUGAAAAUUUGGACUGAACGCGGAGUUUUGCUAAGAAAGUGGAGAAAGGUAGUUGACAGAGCUGAAUACAAAUCUUUUCACGCGUCUGUAUUCCAUGAAGAUGGUAUUUUUUUGGAUCUGAUCGACAAUAUGGCUACGGAUACUUGGCAAUCAGUGCUUGGAACACUUUUUUGUAUGGCUGCAGUAUGUUUCGUAUUCCUCAGAAGCAGUCUCACGGUUGCAAUUGCUACGAGUUGCGUUUUGUCAAUUUGUAUCGGGAUUUUGGGUAUACUGUCUUGGUGGGGCAUAGAUUUGGAUCCAAUUACUAUGGCGGCAAUGAUUAUUUCUAUUGGUUUUAGUGUUGAUAUACCGGCACACGUUUCCUAUCAUUAUUAUAAAGCUUGCGAAAGUGGCCCAAAUGCUAGUCCUCAAGAACGUCUUGGUAACUGCCUGACUUCAGUGGCAUUCCCUGCACUGCAAGCAGCUCUUUCAACAAUUUUAUGUGUUAGCAGUCUACUGUUUGUGAAACUGUACAUGUCAGAGGUGUUUGUCAAAACUAUGACUUUAUGCGUCUUUUUAUGUAAUCUUCACGGUCUUUUAUUUCUGCCUGCCAUUCUUUCUAUGGUCGACCGUAUCAGUGCGAAGGUGCAAAAAAAGAAAACCUAUGAUAUUAAUCACAAGAAGAAUAUGAAGAAAGUACGAGCAAAUUUGGCUGCCUUGCGAAUACAAGAAAGUGAAGCUGAAAAUGUUGACAGAACUAAAGUUGACCGUCCACCUCUUCCUAAUUACUAG